AUGAAGACCUUCAGCCUCGUUGCCGCCUCCAUGGCCCUGCUGUCCGGCCUCGCUGCCGCCGACGACCAGACGACGUCCGUCUCGACCCUCACCAGCACCCGCACCGUGCUGCAUGUCGUCACCGAGACGCACUACUCCAGCACCGAGCUCGAGACGUCGACCGAGCUGAUUGCUACCCCGGUCGUCGCCACCUCCAGCGCCACCCCCGUCAGUGCCACCCCCGUCAGUGCCACCAACACGCCCGUCACCACGCCCGUCGUCUACUCUGCCGGCAACUCGACCACGCCGCUCGGCACCGGUGGCUUCGUCAGCAGCGCCAAGGCCACCGGCUCGGGCUCCGUCGCUGGCGCAACCGGCGCCGCCUCCGCCUCGCCCACGCCCCCCACCGGCGCCGCCUCGUCGCUCAAGAUCGAUGCUGCCCUCGCGGCCAUCGUCGCCGGUGCCGGCUACCUCCUGCUGUGA